UACCCUGCAGCAAGUUCAGCAGCAUGAUUUCUGUAGCUUUGUAUUUGAGGGAAUAAGGGGUCAUAAAGAAAGAAAGCAGCAUGGCCUGUCCUCUGUCAUGCCCUUCCCCUUAGAGAAAGAAAGCUUGAUCCAUAUCCUUUUUGCUGUCACUGGUAACCUCUAUCUCUGACCUUUAGCAUACCUUUCAUGUGGGCUUUGCCAUGAACCAUGUGACUGCAAAGAACCCAGUUCCCCAGAAACAAAAAGAAUAUGUGGUUGGAGAAAGAGAAAGAAGAGCUCACAAGUUACAAGGAACAAUGGAUGAUGGCUUCCCACCUAUAACACAAGUUCUGAAGUUUCACAAAGUGUCCAAGAUGGACAAUUCAGUCUCCAAGAGAAGAAAGGUGUUUCAGAAGACUGUGGUCACAUCCAGAAUUGAAGCAGAAGUGGGGAAACAGAAAGGUGAAUCUCCACCUUCAGAUUUUUGGUCUUGGAGGAAAUAUGGACAGAAACCCAUCAAAGGAUCUCCAUAUCCUAGGGGCUAUUACAGGUGUAGCUCCUCCAAAGGUUGCUCAGCCAAGAAGCAAGUGGAGAGGAGCAAAACAGAUUCAUCGCUUCUCAUCAUCACCUACACCUCAGAUCACAAUCAUCCAGGUCCUCAUCUCCCCACCAUUUGCCCGCAAGAAGCAUCCCCACGGAAUCAGUCCAUUAACCAAGACCUCCCCGCACCAAAGAGCCCAAGCCAACCCAACACCACAAGUGAAGGAAGCCUCAACAAAGAGCAAUCCCCCCUCCCAUGUCCGCCCAAGUGCUCACAAGAGAUCUCUCAACAAAACCAACCAUUAGAAGAAGUCCAUGAUCAUCAACAAAAUGUCCUCUUUGAUGAAGAGAACCCCCUCCCUUCCCCAAAUUCGAUGACCUUCUCAUCAACAACACCAAAGACUAAUGAGGAGAAUGACUUUUUUGAUGAGCUAGGGGAGCUGCCCAUCCCUUCAUCUCUCACAAGCUUGGUCAGAGAAAGCUUCUUCGAUGAAAGGAUCCUCUUCCUCCCUUCUCAAACUACAUUCUCUUAGAUGUAGUUGGGCUUGUUCAUAUUUCAUACAAACUGUAGCAGUUUCUUUUUCUAGCUUUCCUACCUAUUUAAUCUUUAUCCUCUCACUGUACAUAAUUCUGUCCCUUGUUUGGAAAGCAAUCAUCAUAUGAAAGUGGAAAAAGCUAGCUAACUUUGUUUUCGAA